UUGUCGUCAAGAACGUUGACAUGAACGAUGAUAUGCAGCAAGAAGCUCUAGAUUGCGCCAACACAGCUUUGGAGAAAUAUAAUCUUGAAAAAGAUAUCGCUGCUUAUAUCAAGCGUGAAUUCGAUAAAAA